GAAGAAGCGUUUAAUCACAGGACUCCUAUCCUGUUAGUCAAUAAUACAAGAAAAUGACACUUGUGGUGCAUUGCUUUUCCUUAUCUUUAAUUAUUAACCUAAAAUUGGGAGGCUUCCUCUGUUUGAUUUGCAAACGUAACGAUGGCAACCAUGACAGCUUCUGCUUCAGUGAAGUUUGUUACUGUUUUCUUAAUGGUAGCUUUCUCUGCAGAUUUUUCUCAAGCUGUUGAUAAUCCCACAGGAGAAAUAUGCAACAACAGUAAGGAUAACAUCACUGUGUGCCAAGAUGUUAAGGGGCUUAAAUGCUCAAAUGUUUCAAUGGCGGGAUCGAGCUCAUCUCCGCAUACAUCUUCCUCAUCUACACCUGCAACAAAAUCUCCAACAACAGGAGGGACACCCACGUCUGCAGGGAGAACAACCUCUGGAUCAUCUGCUACUAUAACUUCUCCAUUUAUUGUUGCCCGCCCAUCUUUACAGGCUGUGGCUCUGGUUAUCACAGUCACAUCUUUUGUUUUCUUUGUCUUCAGUGCUUGAAAGGGUUUGGCAUUAGGGUUAUCUAUAUUUUUCACUGAAGCGCUGUCGUAAUUACAUCAGAGACCGUCCCUUGUUUUUUAUUUCCUUUUAUUUGAGAUUCUCUCAUUGUUUUUCAGUGUGGGACAUUUUCUGGUGAUUUUGCUGUCUGUAAUUUGUUUAUGUGCAAUGGGUUUACCAGAACUUACUCAGCAUCCGCUGAUUGGAAAGUACAUAAGCCUUUUCUGAAUAAAAUGAUUAAUGUAGUGAAAUGUUUUGUUCUCCUGUUUAA